AUGAAGUUCGAUGAACAAGAAGAGGAAAGAGAACGAGAGCAAGAGAGGAGGAGCUGGCAACAGCGCGAAAGGCAAUUCCCAGCUGAAGAACUGCUGGAGAGGGAGGAGCAAAAGGAAGCCAAAAGGCGAGACAGAAAUUUCCGAGAGGAAGAGCAGUUGCUGAGAGUGGAAAGAGAGGAGAAAAUACGCCUUCAGGAAAGACAGAGAGUUUCCAAAGAGGAACAGAAACUGCGCCGGCCGGAACGCGAGCAACAGCUUCGCCGGGAGCGAGAUAGAAAAUUCCGCGAGGGGGAACAGCUCCGCCGGGAAGGGGAAGAACAGCUGCGCCGCCAGGAGCUAGAGGAUGCCUUCUCCCAGGAGGAACAACUUAAGCGCACAGAGCCAGAGGAAGAACAGAGACGUCCGAGGCAGAGAGACAGGAAGUUCCUAGAGGGAGAGCAGAGGCUCCGGCAGGAGCCAGAGUUAGAAAAGCGACGCGUCCAGGAGUAGGACAGUAAGUUCCUCGAGCAAGAAGAGCAGCGGCAGCGCGAGGGGCAGGAAGAGCUGAGGCGCCGGCAGAAGCGGGAGAGAAAACUCCGGAAAGAAGAACAGCUCCGCCGCCAGCAGCAGGAGGAGAAGAGCCACAGCCAAGUCUGGGAGGAGGACGAGGGCCGUCGGCAGGUUCUGGAGCCCGGCAACCAUCAGUAUGCCAGUGCCCCGGUGCGCUCCAGCCCUCUGUACGAGUACGUCCAAGAGCAGCGAUGUCAAUACCGCCUUUAA